AUGGGUGAAGUGAAGCUGCAUGGGACAUGGAAGAGUCCAUAUAUUUGGAGAGUGAUUUGGGCGCUGAAACUGAAGGGCAUACCAUAUGAAUACAUAGAAGAAGAUUUGUCCAGUAAAAGUCCUAUGCUUCUACAGCAUAACCCUGUCCACAAGAAAAUCCCAGUGCUUGUUCAUGAGGGAAAACCCAUUUGCGAGUCCAUGGUAAUCCUCGAAUACAUUGAAGAGACGUGGCCACAGGACCCUUUGCUGCCUAGCGACCUUUAUGAGAGAGCUGUAGCUCGGUUUUGGCUCGGGUUUGCUGAGGAUAAGAUUCCAAUGCUAUGGAAAAUAGUUCUUACCGAUGGGGAAGAACAAAAGCAAGCCAUCAAGGAUGCCUUUGAAAUGCUAAAAAUGAUCGAAGAACAUGGAAUAAAAGAGAAGUAUUUUGGUGGUAACAAGAUUGGGCUAGUGGAUAUAGCAUUUGGUGCAAUUGCUCACUGGUUCGUUGCCAUUGAUUCAGAAAGGGGUUUGAAACUGCUUGAAGCCCAUAACUUCCCUCGUCUGCAUUCUUGGAUAAAAAAUUUCAAAGAAGAUCCUAUAAUCAAAGAAAACCUUCCUGACCUAACUCCUGUUCUCAAGGGAUAG